AUGGCAUUGCAAGCCAUUUGCUUUGGAUUUCUCCCUCCGAGACUUCGACUUUCAUCUCGAGAUUCACUCUCCCAUCCACCUGGUUCUUCGACAUUUGCAACGCGUCAGAAAGUUGAUUCGAGACAAACCCUCGUUUGGAACAAACCGCAAGGACCAAUUAGCUUGAGCAGAGGCGUUGUAGUAUGUUCGUCUCGAUCUGAAUCAACCCCUGAGUCAAAGCAACCUGAAAAGAGUCAUAACUAUGCUCGAGCUGAGCUGUUCCGUGGGAAAUCAGGUUCGAUUUCCUUCCACGGCCUAACCCACCAGCUCGUUGAAGAAAGCAAACUGAUUUCAGCUCCGUUCCAAGAAGAGAAAGGUUCCUUCUUGUGGGUUUUGGCUCCCGUUGUGUUGAUCUCGUCACUGAUUCUUCCUCAGUUCUUUCUUAGUGGUGCCAUUGAAGCUACCUUUAAAAACGACACUGUUGCAGAGAUUGUUACUUCUUUCUGCUUUGAGACGAUCUUCUAUGCCGGUCUUGCGAUAUUCCUGUCUGUGACUGACAGAGUGCAGAGACCGUACCUAGACUUCAGCACCAAGAGAUGGAGUCUAAUCACUGGACUGAGAGGAUACCUUAUGUCUGCAUUUCUCAUGAUGGGUUUGAAAGUUGUGCUUCCUGUGUUCGCUGUGUACAUGACUUGGCCAGUUCUCGGUGUCGAUGCGCUGAUCGCAGUGCUUCCUUUCUUGGUUGGCUGUGCGGUUCAACGACUCUUCGAAGCUCAGGUUGAAAGACGCAAAUCAUCCUGUUGGCCCAUUGUUCCAAUAGUCUUUGAGGUGUAUAGGCUGUAUCAAGUGACGAGAGCAGCGACUUUUGUUCAGAGGCUGAUGUUUAUGAUGAAAGAUGCGUCAACGACUGUAGAGAUUUCAGAGCGAGGUGUUGCGCUGGUUGGUUUGGUUGUGACUCUGCAGUUUUUAGCUGUGUUAUGUCUCUGGUCGCUUAUCACAUUCCUUUUGCGCCUCUUCCCUUCUAGACGUGUAGCUGAAAACUACUAA